CAUGUGUAAGGAAAACGCCGGUUAAAAAAACAGGAACUCAAGCGAGAACCUCCAUUAACGUUGGGGAGAGCCAAAGAGGCAGUGGCACCACCAAUAUUCAUAUCAAUUGAGCUUCGAAGAAAUGGCCGCAAUCUUAGCUCGCAAGUCUAUCUCUGCUCUUCGCUAUCGCCAGCUCACUGUAGCAGGACAAGUAUUGCAGGGCCCUAACACCAGUGAGACAGUUUCCGGUGCACGCUUGUUUGCAACUAAACACUCCUUUUCCACUGAUAAAGAUGAUGAAGAAAGAGAGAAGCUUGCAAGGGAUAUCUCAAAAGACUGGAGUUCUGUUUUUGAACGGAGCAUUAAUACGUUAUUUCUAACUGAACUGGUUCGAGGUUUGUCUCUGACACUCAAGUACUUCUUUGAGCCAAAAGUUACUAUCAAUUAUCCAUUUGAGAAGGAACGUUGUAUUGCUUGCAAACUUUGUGAAGCUAUAUGUCCAGCUCAAGCUAUUACUAUUGAAGCCGAGGAGAGAGAAGAUGGGAGCCGUAGAACAACAAGGUAUGAUAUUGACAUGACAAAGUGUAUCUACUGUGGAUUUUGCCAAGAAGCAUGCCCUGUUGAUGCCAUUGUUGAAGGGCCCAACUUUGAGUUUGCCACCGAGACUCAUGAGGAGCUGCUAUAUGAUAAGGAGAAAUUGCUUGAAAAUGGGGAUAGAUGGGAAACAGAGAUUGCUGAGAAUCUUAGAUCCGAGAGCUUAUAUCGAUAAACAGUGUUUUUCCGAUAUAAUCUUUUGAGAAUAAAGGGACCCACACUAUCAAUAUAAUUUGUUUUGGUCAAAAAUACCCUUGAAAAUUGUAGAAUGUUCAACAAAAUAGAUGAUGACAAAUUCACAAAUAAAGACUUUGUGGCUUUCUUAAGAUGAUAUAGAGCAACUCCAUGUAUUUUUAUUUGAGUAUAAGUGUAUGACCUACGAAGCAUUAGAAGAGGACAUGAAAUUGAGCAGUACGUAUAAUAUGUGUUUUCAACA